AUGGCCUUAUUCGCAGCCGUUUUGAUGCUGGCCGCGCCGGCGAUGGUGAUGGCCGACGACAAUGUAGUCGACAGCGCAACAUCGGGUCCCCUCGUCGCUGCUCCCAUGGGACAUGGUCCGGUCGUCCCGCCCGUCAUCAACGCGUCGUUUACCUCGUCCUUUGACGAUGUGACGCAGGGCCAGACCUUAAACCUCGCAUGGAACCCAAUUGACACCAAGUACGAGCCGCUGAGCAUCACGGCGCGGGCCAUCAAUCGCACGGCCGACAGCCGGGCCAACUCGUUUCUCGUGACAAUUGCCCCCCACCUUACAAAUACGUCGUCGUUCUCGUGGAGCCUGGUCCCCUUUCCACUGCAAUAUAUGCACACCGGCAUCUACGAGGUCGAGAUCCGGCCGGCCAUUUGGAACUUGUCGGCCAACGAGCCCGGAUCGCUGACCGUGCCCGUGUUGGCGCGCUCCACCUUUUUUACGAUUGGCGACAACGGCCAGGGCGGUGAUAGCAACGUUGGCGGCGGCAGCGACGGCGAUGGUGCCAACGGUAACGGCAGCGACGGGAGUAGCGGAAAAGGCAGCACGUCACCCAACGCCGACCCGGACCAGCUCGCCUACGGCCAGUCAGAGACGAAAAUGUCCGACGCGGCCUCGGCCGCCGCCCAUAAGCGACUGGCCCUGGGACUGGGCAUUUCGCUGGGCGCGGCCGGCGCGCUAGCGUUGGCCAGCCUCUUGUAUGUCGUCCAUCGGCGGCAUUCACGUCGUGUGGCUGAGACACAGCGGCUACGGGAGAAGCGGGAAGCAUCUAUUAGUGAACUGUAG